AUGUCUCAAAACACCAAAACCUAUAAAGACGCUUUUGCCUUAUUCGAUAAGAAAGGUACUGGUAAGAUCCCAGUUGAGCAUUUAGGUGAUUUAUUAAGGGCUGUGGGUCAAAAUCCUACUUUGGCUGAAAUCUCUGAAUUACAAAGUACUAUUUCUUCCAGUGAUUUUGAUUUCGAAACUUAUCAAAAGAUUAUUAACAGACCAGAUGGGUUCAAACCUUUAGGUUUACCAGAAGAUUAUAUAAAAGGAUUCCAAGUAUUCGACAAAGAACAAACUGGUUAUAUCGGUGUUGGUGAAUUAAGAUACAUAUUAACUUCAAUUGGAGAAAAAUUAUCUGAUUCUGAAGUUGAUGAACUCUUAAAGGGUGUCAAUGUUACUUCUGAUGGUAAUGUUGAUUACGUUGAAUUUGUCAAAUCAAUCUUAGAUCAAUAG